UCCGGAGAAGUGAGGAUUCCAAGCUUCAGAGGCCACAAUAGCAGAGAUCUGAGAUUCUCGCACCAUGAAGAACCGUCUGGGCACAUGGAGGCUGGCCAUCCUCUGCAUGCUGCUUGCCAGCCACCUCUCCACGGUCAAGGCGAGGGGCAUAAAGCACAGGUUCAAGUGGAACCGGAAGGUCCUGCCCAGCAGCGGCCAGAUCACCGAAGCCCGGGUAGCUGAGAACCGCCCAGGAGCCUUCAUCAAGCAAGGCCGGAAGCUGGACAUCGACUUCGGAGCAGAGGGCAACAGGUACUACGCCGCCAACUACUGGCAGUUCCCUGAUGGGAUCUACUACGAAGGCUGCUCUGAUGCCAACGUGACCAAGGAGAUGCUGGUGACCAGCUGCGUCAACGCCACCCAGGCGGCCAACCAGGCUGAGUUCUCUCGGGAGAAGCAGGAUAGCAAGCUCCACCAGCGGGUCCUGUGGCGGCUGAUCAAAGAGAUCUGUUCCACCAAGCGCUGCGAUUUCUGGCUGGAAAGGGGAGCUGCCCUGCGGAUCGCCGUGGACCAACCGGCGAUGGUCUGCCUGCUGGGUUUCAUUUGGUUUAUUGUGAAAUAAACAGCAAUGGAGUUGGCAGCCACAGAGAUUCUUCUGCAGGCUUUCCUCACCUUUCAGGACCCCAGGCGUUGGUGAACGGUGUCUGGAGAUAACUGCUUCUGGGUGUAGUUUCUUGUGACAGGAGCAUCUGCCGGGGGUCGGGUAUUGUCAAAGGAUUCAUCUGCAACAUUUCAGAACACGAGUGCUGAUAGCAGUACCUCACGUGCUUAGUUCCCACUGCUAUUGGUUAUUCUCAAGGACACUUCUGGGAGGCUUCACGUGGUAAAAGGACAUGAAGCAGGGCGGAACCUUUACCACUGGACCGACAGCCCAGAGAAACCAGCCUGCUGCAGGACUCCAUUGCUGCCAAGACACACCUCCUCAGUCUGUCUACUGAUCCCAAACCAGAGAGCAGGGAGAAGCCCAGAACACACAGUUUAUCCCUUGCGUGCCAUUUUAAGUAUCAAGCAAUUAAAAAAGGAAUACUUCUUAGAUGGUGACAUCGGUGUUUCAGCUCCAGGCUUAAGGCUUAGUUACCAAAGCGCACAAAGCCAUGGACAUCCAAGUUCCUUCCGGCGUGAAAACGCUUAGGCUAGACAGAGUCCAUGCUCCACGAUUGCUGUGUUCUCUCAGACCAUUGGUUGUCACACCCCAUGAACCUAACCGCGACAGCCAAUGAGUGUCCAUGUGAUUUGACUGCAAAAUUCUCCUGUUUGGUUUCUAGCGGAGAUGUCCUUGCUCUUACUUACAGAUCAGGAGGGGUUUUCUUAGCCCUUCUAAGUGUUCCUGAGUUAAAACAUGUGCGUUGUAGAGCAGCGCAAACUGACAGCAAGUAAAAGGGGGCGGGGCUGUACUUCCAGCAUCCAAUUCUGUCCACACAGUUUUCACCUCUCCAGACUCCCCACUCCUUUACUGAUUUGCAACUGCAAAUAUAGCAGUUUGCAAGCCUAAUAUAGAAUCAGGGCGGUAGAUCUCUUAAAGUUUUACUUGACUUCAUUUAAUGCUUUCUGUCCAUUUUUUAAUGACUUUUGUUUUCUUGUUUCUCCAGCCCUAUCCCCUCCUUCUACCCCAGGUAUGAGACCUGUACCCCUUUACUGUGUUUAAAUAUAAAGACGAGGGCUUUCAUUUUGUUUCAUUACAACCUUUAAAAUACAACGAUCAUUUGUAUAAUAUUUGUUUCUCUGCGGUUUGUAUUCCUGACUUAAUGGAAUGCCAUUAAACACUCUGGAUCAGUAUCUAACUAGUUAACAUCUAAAGAGUCCUUUUGAAAUAUUCCACAGUUCAGAUGUGCUGCAAGUGACUUAAUAAUCUCCUUGUUGACAAUCUUCAGAUUGUUCUUAUCUUGCAAACAAUAAACACCUGUAUACAGACA